AUGAACACUGAUUGCUUACCUCAUCAUGCGGCAAGAAAGAAGCGAGACGGAUGCGGGCGACGAUAAGCUCCGGCCGGCGUGUGUGACCAAAAUAGCAUGGAGCACAGCGGUGCACGGCUCUGCGUGGUGCAUGCCGACCGACCGCGUUUCAGGUUGGUGGAUAGCAUCGCCUUCCCCACGUAAUGAUGCACAUCGUGGUUUGCCACCACCUUGCGAUGGCCAUGUUGAUUGCGACAAGCAUUCAUGGUAUCUCUCGCAACUGCGCCAAGUAACGUGUCGAAUGGCGUCGCAUGGAGGAAAUCCUGGGCGUUUCAAAACCCCUAACCGCCGCCCGGGCGAUGCAUUUAGACUUUUUUCUGUCACCUUGCAGUCCCAGGGUACAGGAUCAGCGUCAUUCUUCGCCCGCGCCACGCCCCGGACGACAAGCGCACUCUUUUUCGCCGCGUGUUCCGAGUGGGUGGUGUGGAUAUGGAUCGCGAAUGCUGUUGCCGUAGAAUACAGUACUGGCGAGUGAGGACGACUACAGGUGGUGGAUGCGGGCUGGAGGAGGAUGGGCGACCAUGUAAGGUAGAUGAUGACGAUGCAACCCCAUGCAC